UAAGGUGCCACCGCGUGACGCGCACCGGGCUCUCCGCGGAGUGACCGCAGCUCCCGACUUCCACCCCGCGAUGGAGGGAUCCAACAACACGACCGGCUGGCAUCACUUCGACAACUCCACCGACAGAGUCCCGCUGCCUGAAGGCGAGGAGGUGAGACUGAGCUACCAGGUGGUCACGUCCUUCCUCCUCGGCGCGCUCAUCCUGUGCGCAAUCUUUGGGAACGCGUGCGUCGUCGCGGCCAUCGCGCUGGAGCGCUCCCUCCAGAACGUGGCCAACUACCUGAUCGGCUCUCUGGCCGUCACCGACCUGAUGGUGUCGGUGCUGGUGCUGCCGAUGGCGGCGCUCCAGCAGGUGUUGAACCGGUGGACUCUGGGGCAGGUGCCGUGCGACAUCUUCAUUUCCCUGGACGUGCUGUGCUGCACCUCCUCCAUCCUGCACCUGUGCGCCAUCGCUCUGGACAGAUACUGGGCGAUCACCGAGCCGAUAGAAUACAUGAAGAAGAGGACGCCGCGGAGAGCCGCGGUCCUCAUCAGCGUCACCUGGCUCGUGGGCUUCUCCAUCUCGGUGCCGCCCAUGCUCGUCAUGCGCUCCCAGCCGAGCAGCAUUGAGGACCGCGAGCAGUGCAAGAUCAGACAGGACCUGUGGUACACCAUAUACUCCACGUUCGGAGCCUUCUAUAUCCCUCUGACGCUCAUGCUGGUUUUAUACGGGCGGAUUUUCAAAGCUGCCCGGUUUCGGAUCAGGAGGACUGUGUGCAAAACGGAGAAGAAGAAAGUGUCCGACUCCUGCUUGGCGCUCUCGCCCGCGCUCUUCCACAAAAAGACUCACGGAGACGCGCAGGGCAAGAGCUGGAAGAGCAGCGUGGAGCCGCGGCCGCUGCCGAGCGCCAACGGCGCGGUCAAGCACGCGGAGGACGGGGAGUCCCUGGAGAUCAUCGAGGUCCACAGCAACUCCAGGUGCAACCUGCCGCUGCCCAACACCCCGAGCUCCGUGCCGCUGUUCGAGAGCCGGCACGAGAAGGCGACGGAGGCGAAGCGCAAGAUCGCGCUGGCGCGCGAGCGCAAGACGGUGAAGACCCUGGGCAUCAUCAUGGGCACCUUCAUCCUCUGCUGGCUGCCGUUCUUCAUCGUCGCCCUCGUGACGCCCUUCUGCAAGGACUCGUGCUUCAUGCCGCACUGGCUGGAGGCGGUCAUCAACUGGCUGGGCUACUCCAACUCUCUGCUCAACCCCAUCAUUUACGCGUACUUCAACAAAGACUUCCAGAGCGCGUUCAAGAAAAUCAUAAAGUGUCAUUUCUACAGACCGUGAUGGUUUCUCUUUCUUUCUCCU